CACGCAGGAUGCUGAACCAGAGGCGCACAAAGGUGGUGCUGGCCCUGUGCCUGCUGCUGGCCCUGUGGCAAUGUUUCCGAGCCCUCAUGGAUGACUUUGGCCCUGUCCCUUGGGCCCCCUCCCUCCUGCACACCCCUGGUGUCCCCUGCCCCGCCAGAGCCAACAGCUCCAUGUGGUUCAACGAGCGCUACGAGGCGGCCGCAGGGCCCCUGCUGACGGGGGCAGCCCAGGAGCUCUCUGCAGACGUGGUUCAGUGGUGGCUGACCCUGCAGGGUCCCAUGAAUGGUGUCCAGCUCCAGGCCAUAAUUCGGCAACUCUUCAGCGUCCUCCGAGCCCCGACGGGUGACGUGUUGGACCCCCCUCGCUGCAGGACUUGUGCGGUGGUGGGGAACUCAGGGCGGCUGAAGGGGUCCAGCCAGGGGCUGCUAAUUGAUGCUCAUGAUUGGGUGCUGAGGAUGAACAGAGCAAAGGUUGCUGGCUUCGAGCUGGAUGUUGGCACAAGAACAACCCAUCACUUCAUGUACCCAGAGAGUGCAGUGAACCUUGGGCCUGGCGUCCACCUCGUCCUUGUCCCCUUCAAGCCCCUGGACCUGCAGUGGGUGACCAGUGCCUUCUCCACUGGAGAGGUCACACGCACGUAUGUGAGAGUCAAACAGUUCAUCAAAGCUGACAGAAACAAGGUGCUGAUCCUGAGCCCAGCAUUCCUCAAGUACAUCCAUGACAAGUGGACGCAGCAUCACGGGCGCUACCCCUCCACCGGCUUCACGGCCCUGCUCUUCGCCCUGCACACCUGCCAGCAGGUCUCCGUGUUUGGCUUCGGAGCAGACAGUGAAGGGAACUGGCACCACUACUGGGAGGAAAACCACGGGGCCGGAGCCUUUCGCAGGACGAGGGUCCACGAUGCCGACGUCGAAUUCAGCAUUAUUGAGAGACUGGCAGAUGAAGGCAGGAUUUUAUUCUACAAAUGAGGCAUUUCCAAGAAACUGAAGCCAGGCUGUUGGGACAGGAACAGGUAGCCCCUGUAUUGCCAGCAGCUGCAAUACUUGCUGCUCCACUCCACCCAACCUGGGCUCACAGACCCUGCAAUCCCCAGGGCCUUGGUGCUACUUGUGCUGGUCCCACCAGCUGGGCACUGUGGGUGCCAUUCUCCUGUGGCACCAGGGAUGUUGCGUUUAGCUGGACACAGAGUGGGCACGGCUCUGCCCGUGCUGGCUGGGAGGGAGGAAGGGGAGCUGGUGGUGCUGGAGGUGGGCACGGAGCCCAGGAGCUGCUGUGCCGGUGCCGGUGGCUGCGAUGCCGUUGGGUGCCGGGGUGGACAGCAGCCACUCCAGCGUGGCUGUCUGCACGACAGAGCUGACACUUCCACCCACACACGGCUCCCGGGGGAGGUCUGUAGUUGUUCCUUAGACAGGGUGAGGGGGGUAUCUCCCCUUCCUGUCUUUUUAUAACUAAGGAAAUAAUUUUUACAUUGUAUCAAAGAAGAAGGGAAAAAAUCAAACAUGCUCACAGAGACAAUGGAA